AUGAAAUUCGUAAUACGAUUCUACGUUUACGUCAAAAAGUGAAUAUAUUAUUGACCUUGUUCGCGGAACAUACAGACUGGUUUGUGUUGUGUUGAAAAAAAGUAGUUUUAAUAUUAGUUAUUUCUGUGAGAUCAAACAGGACAUUACAGCGAGAACAAAAACACAAGGUUGAUCAUGGAUUGGAAGACGGUGAUCUGCGCUUUUGCAUUAGUUUACUAUGCUGAUGGGUUCUCAAAAUAUGGACGAACCUGCAAGGAUAUCGGAUGCCUCAACAGCGAGGUGUGCGUGCUGGCCGAGGACCCGUGUACCUUCGGUCACACCAGCAACUGCGGCACAUACCCGACCUGCAAGAAGAAGUCUCAAGUAGAGGGAUCGCACGUGGAACCAGCCAAGCCACCUGCACCCAAGCCUCCUACAAGAGACUUCGACAGUCCUCCAAACUACAACCCACCUGCCCCUCCCCCAAGUGAUACGUCCAGCGGUGGCCAUUCACCUUACGGAGGCAAUUCGCCCUAUGGAGGGAACUCACAUAGCGGUGGCAACUCACCCUAUGGUGGAAGCUCACCCUACGGCGGAAACUCACCUUACGGAGGAAACUCACCCUACGGCGGGAACUCACCCUAUGGUGGCAGUUCACCAUAUGGAGGCAGUUCUCCCUACGGCGGCGGAAGCAAUAAUCGCGGAGGAUCACCUUAUGGCGGUAGUUCACCUUAUGGAGGAAACUCGCCUUACGGCGGCUCUUCUGGUGGUGGUAGCAACCCAUAUGGGGGUAGCAACCCAUAUGGAGGCUCGCACUCUAGCUCCGGCGGCUUCGGCAGCGGUGGUAGCGGCAGCCCCAUCGACAGUAUUCUGAACACUUUGAACAAAUACGCCAACGGCGGAGGCGGCAGCGCUGGAGGCAGUAACGGCGGCGGUCUAUCCAAUGUCUUUGGAAACCUUCUCGGUAAUUUAUCAAAGAACGGAGGUUUAUCCAACUUUUUCAACACUAGGCCGAUCAUGGAGAAUCCAAAUUACUCCUCGUACAGUUCGAAUUCGAGGAGUUCUAACCCCCAAUCUUACCCAUCAGGAUCUCAGCCCGCGUAUCAGCCACCGACUCAGAACAAGAAUUACGGACAAAGUUAUGCGCACCAUAACGCGGCGACCACCCGCAAGCCCGUCCACUAUGGAUGGAACGUUAGGUAAAAUGAUUUCCAAGUCAUUGUAGUUUUCGAGUGGCGCCUCUGGUUACUUUCUUUGCCCUGCACAAGCAUUGCUUACAAAUCCUUUGCACAUACAUAUUAAUUUCCGUUAGCUUUGUUACUAAUUUACUUUGCCAAUUAUUUUCCGCUGCACAGUAACUUUGUAUUUAAAAUUCGUGCAAACCUAAUUUUACUGCAAUUUUUAACAAUUAAUUCUAUUAUAAGAACAAAUUAUCAUAUACACUGAAGGAACAAAUCAUUCAGAACUAAUAAUCACAAUUAAUGUCACAGAACAAAGAAAUGGUAAAUGCAUACUCAUAUUUGUAAAUAGACAAUGAAUCUCAGAAAUAUGUACCUAUGCCUAUAUACUGUAAAUAUGGUGGAGGCUAAUUUCUUCUGAUUGACAGGACAGCCAGAUUUUCCAGAUAACUUGGUUUAACAAAACAUUGCAUGAAUAAACUGGAGUAUCGGUGAGGUAUGAUUGUACCCAUCUCUAUGAGGCUGUAACUUGUUACAUUGUAAUUCUACGUAUAGGAUAUACGCACAUAUUUUUAAUUUUGCUGUAUGAUCUGUAUUUUUCGCGCUAAGCUAUUAAUAUAAGAAUACUCAUGUAUAUUUAAUUUAUUGCUGAUUCGAAUAGAAAAAGUUUUGUUGGGUUACAAUCGGAAACUUUAUCUACUAAAAAUAUUUGUCAUGCAACUCCUAAACGCCUGUACCGUUUUUAAUAAGAUUUUUUACUCCAAAGUUUGUACCCAACAAAGAGCUUUCUACAUCAGAUCUACUCAUUACGCAUCACAAAUAUAAGUGCCAUUUCUAAUACUGUUAUAUUGUAUUUCCUUUCAGUGUGACAGUGGUCUUGACGUACCUGAUACAGCAAUAUAUCCAGAGUAUGAUUCGUAAUUAAUUAUAUUUCUUUGUUUAACUUUUAAGUAUAUAACAUAUAAUGUUUUAAGAGGUUCAGUGUUGUUAAACAUGUAUUUUUAAAUAAGCUUUUAAAUGAAUACAUAUUCAUGUUGUUGAGUGCUACUGAUAUACGUCAAUUUAUAUAAAACACUUGUUAAAUGAAUUGAUUGAUCGUCUUAUGUCGCUUUGGCGUUCAACGGGUAAAGCAUUUGUGAUAAACAUUUAUCUAUGAAAGCAGUAACAUUUAAACAUAGACGUUUAUUUAAGACAUACUAGAGAUGUAUUUAAAACUUUAUGUAUAUUUACAAUAAAACACAUUUUCCAAU